AUGAUACGGGAAGGAGACUUCCUUAAGGUGCUAGCUCAUCGUGCGGUAAGUCUAGCUAAAGUUUGCCUAUUUGCCGCGGCCCCUGGGGAAUUCCAAUGCGUGUGCUUUCUUCUCUUCGUCACCGUAGUACCGCCGGCCGUAGUGUCAGCGUUUACACGCGAUCGUCGAAAAGUGUGCAACUAUUACGAGUGGAAAUGUACCAGCGGACAGUGCAUCGAGUCACACCAGCAGUGCGAUGGGGUGAUCGACUGUAAGGACGGUUCUGACGAAACAUCCAAAAGCUGUGCGUUUAUUCGCUGUCCAAGCUACGCAUUUCGCUGCCAGUAUGGGGCGUGUGUCGAUGGGAAUGCACUCUGCAAUGGGGUACGCGAGUGUGCGGAUCACUCUGACGAGCAUGCACACUGUCCCGGGAAUAGUGGGAUGAUACUGGCCGCACACGGUAACUGCUCCAAUGCUGAGUUUGCCUGCCACUCGGGUGAAUGUAUACCAGCCGAUCAGGUGUGCGACGGGCAGGAGGAUUGUCCCGACGGUACGGACGAAACGCAGCAACUCUGCAGCCUGGUGUUCUGUCCCUCGUUUUCAUUCCGCUGCAGUUACGGUGCGUGUAUCGGUGGAUACUCCAAGUGUGACGGUGUGAUCGACUGUCGCGAUGGGUCGGAUGAGGAUGAGUUACUGUGCGGAAAGCCAUUCCCAUCUACAACGCCACGCGUUACGACUGUGAUGACUUCAACAACAACUACCACAUCAACCACAACGCCAGCCCCGGUAACUGGACCGCCAGGAUCAUGUCCGGUCCCGGCAGCACCACUAAACGGACGUAUCGUGCUGGACGAAAGUGCCCAGAACGUCCAGAUAAAGCAGGGCGAAUUUAUCGAAAACUAUAACUCCGUGUACGUUGUGUGUGGCGAUAAGUACACGCUCAAAGGGACGGCCACCAUUGUGUGUUUGGAUGGGGAAUGGCUGGAGGCGUUUCCGGUUUGCGAGAAAUACUGUUCCGAAAUCCCGAUCAACGGUAUCACGAUCGAACCGUUCUGUGAGUAUCAACGACGUCAGAUUACGUGCAAGCGGCCUCUUCCACCGACCACCCGGGUACGCAUUGGCUGCCGUGUCGGUUAUCAGAAACCACUCGAACCCGUCAACGAAACGCUCAACUGUGUCGACGGUUCCUGGGACAGUGCGGUGUUUCGCUGUGAGCCGGUGUGCGGCACACCAACACCCGACGCAGAAGCAUACGUUAUCGGUGGUCGUAAUGUGUCGAUUGCCGAGGUUCCGUGGCAUAUGGCGAUCUACAAAAACCUUAACGAGGACACACUGUCCGACCUGCGAUCGCCCGACUGGCAGUACGUGUGCGGUGGAUCCAUCCUUACCGAGCGGCUCGUCCUGACCGCUGCCCACUGCUUCUGGGCAACGGAAGGCUUCUUCCCGAAGCGUUACUUCCGGCUGGUGGCUGGCAAGUAUAGGCGAGAGAUUAGUGCGAUCGAAGCCCUACCGCCCCAGUUCUUCCAGAUACACGAGAUACUGCAUCAGCCCCAGUAUCAGGACUUUUCCGGCUACUACAAUCUGGACAUUGCGAUCGUCGUGCUGAGCGAUUUCAUCUCCUUCCGUACGUACAUUCGGCCGAUCUGUCUCGAGCGAAAUCUGCGCACCGAGAGCGAAAAGCGUAUCAAACCGAACAGUGUUGGGCGGGUGGCCGGAUGGGGAUUCACUACCUCGACCGGUAAUCUGAGCAGUGUGCUGAAAGUGAUCGACAUUACGACGGUGGACUAUGUGACCUGCCGGGAGGUGUCACCGGUCGCUUACCGUCCAUUCCUGACGGGUGAUAAGUUUUGUGCUGGCAAUCCGAAAACCGGAACCGGUGUUUGUCAGGGUGAUAGUGGGGGAGGAUUCGCGCUGGGGAAAGAGGUGGCGGGUGAUACCGUGUACUAUCUGUACGGGUUGGUGAGUUCUGCGCCACGUGCAUCGGAUGGUGGGUGCGAUAGUAAUAAGUACGUCGCGUUUACCGAGGUGCAAAACUACAUUCCUAUGAUACUGGACGCUGAGGGCCGGUAUCCCGUAAUAUAAGAA